AUAUAUAUCCUAAUCAUUGUUUAUCCUUGACGUAACGAAAUUCAGCAAUUUUCUCAACAUACGAUCACUCGCUUUCGCUUAAAAAUGGCAAUGAUUCCUACCAUCUUUGGCAACAACAGGCGCAGCAGCCUCUUCGACCCGUUUUCGUUGGACUUGUGGGAUCCCUCCAAGGAGUUCGAUUUCCCAACAGUCACAUCGUUUCCUUCACUUUCCCGAGAAAACUCCGCUUUCGUCAACACGCGCGUGGACUGGAAGGAGACACCGGAGGCACACGUGUUCAAGGCGGACCUCCCGGGGAUGAAGAAAGAGGAGGUGAAGGUGGAGAUCGAAGACGAUAGGGUUCUCCAAAUCAGCGGAGAGAGGCACGUGGAGAAGGAAGAGAGGAACGACACGUGGCAUCGAGUGGAGCGGAGCAGCGGGAAGUUCUCGCGGAGGUUCAGGUUGCCGGAGAAUGUGAGAAUGGGCGACGUGAAGGCUUCCAUGGAAAAUGGGGUUCUUACUAUUACUGUUCCUAAAGUUGAGAUGAAGAAACCUGAGAUCAAAUCCGUUGAAAUCUCUGGUUAAUUGUGGAAAACGUGUUUUUGAAAUCUGUGGUUUCGUUUGUUAUUUUUACUUUUUGAUUGAUGUAUCUGUUCCUUUUGGUUUGGAAUAAGGUUUGAUUAUGUAAAACAUUAAUUUUAAUGUCUGAGACUCCUGGUUUUUAAA